AUGACCCGUCAAGAUCCCCCACUCUGGGGGAGACCCCGAAGCCAUAGGACCCUGCGCUGCUACUCUGCUGACGAACUCUCUCAUGACCAGGCUCCCCCACACCUGCUAAUUCGAAGUGCCAGGUGGGAGCAGGCUCUCCCUGUGGCCCUGGUGUCCAGUUUGGAGGCCACGGGCCACAGGAGGCAGCAUGGAAGAUCUCUAGUUGGCACACAUUGCCCUGUGCUGCGGCCAGAGGAGAUACUGGAAUCUGACACCCACCAGCGCUCCAUCUCACCAUGGAGAUAUCGCAUCGACACCGAUGAGAACCGCUACCCACAGAAGCUGGCGGUGGCAGAGUGCUUGUGUCGUGGCUGCAUCAAUGCCAAGACAGGCCGUGAGACAGCUGCCCUGAACUCCGUGCAACUGCUGCAGAGCCUGCUGGUGCUACGGCGACAGCCCUGCUCCCGAGAUGGUACAGCAGACCCUAUCCCAGGAUCCUUCACCUUCCACACUGAGUUCAUCCGCGUGCCUGUCGGUUGUACCUGCGUUCUUCCCAGGUCUGCAUAGUGACUUCUGCUGUUGUGGCUCCACAGUGGAGCCCUAGGCUCCUUCCAGGACUGACGUUUCAGGCUUCUCCACAGAGGACACCUUCUAUUUAUGAGUAUUUAUUGGUUAUUUAUUGACUCAAGAGGGUAUAGCAGAAGCUAGACCCAGCCCCUGCCCUGUGAUCCCUGACCAGUGCCCAGAUCCAGG